AUGACUUGCAUAUCCUCCGCUACCGUCUCGCUCGCCACCUCAUCACUGAAGUCGCUGAAGAAUCCCAGAACGACAUCGACAGCCGCAAGAUCGAUCAUCUGCAAUUAUUCGCACCUGUUGAAGGACCGGAGAUUACAACAACUCGUGCAGCAGGUUCUCACAUAUCCAACUGAAAUGAUCCCGACCAGGAACGUGAGUGCAACAAUCGGGACCACACUUGCAUUUGACACGGGCAGGACGGAGAAUGCCGUUAGCACUGGACAAUCUAGCGACCUCAUCAAUGCAAUGGCACUCGGCAUCUUCACGACAGAUACCAAGACGACCUUCCGCUGUCCUACGGGAAACUGCACUUGGCCCCCUUUCCAAAGUCUUGGCGUAUGCAGUGAGUGUACCGACAUGGGCGCCAUGGACGCAUGUGCCGGCGGCAACACAGGAUCCAUGUAUUACGGCAACCCGGGCUGUCUUUUCAGGUCCUACGAUCCCAAUCCUCGUGGCGAAAUGCUGUUCGUGAAUGCGACUUCAGCAUUCUCUUGCGCCGCGAGCACCUUCGCCAAUAUCAGCGUAAUCUACGAAAAUGCCGGUGGUAUGACUCCCUGGGCAUCGCGGAGGGCGCACAAAUGCAUGUUCUCAUUCUGUCGCAAAUCAUACCAGAAGACCACUUUCACCGGAGAUGUCUUGAUGGAUACUGCUUCGCAGCCCAAGGCUUUGAUUGCCGGAAUCACAGGCUCUGGCCCGAAUAGGACAGGUCUAUGCCCGUUUCACGUCCGUGCAGAAGGCAAUGAUGAUGACGAGACCUACUGGAUUAAUGGCAACGACAUCGACAUUGUCGGAAUCGCGCUCACGUCUCUAUUCUGGUCAUCUCUGAACACGAAUCUAGGUGCUAAUAACCAUGUAGCCGCAGCACUCUCUCGUCGUAACGGUGGCGACAUUCCUCGGACCAUGGAUGAUGUUGCCACGAGCAUGACGAACCAGAUACGACAGGGCCCGAACGCUACCCAGAUUCAUGGAACUGCGCUUGUACCUGUGGUCCACAUCAAAGUGUCAUGGCCGUGGCUCAUUUAUCCCGCAACCUUGGUGCUCGCAGCUGUGUCGUUCUUGAUUGUGACGAUAGUUCUGUCCCACAAGCAACGACACAUUGCUUGGAAAUCUUCUACUCUUGCAACGAUGUAUCACAGUGUGCACAGUCAAGGGACUUCUGAUGCAAGACUAUACACUUCGAAGGCGAUGCGAAACGCCGCAAGUGAGAGACGAGCCCUGCUGAGUCGUGAUGAGGAGGGAGGGUUUGCUCUUAUAUACAAGAGGUAA